AUGACGUCCACGGUAGAACAGCCUAGUAUUAUACCAAAUUGUAACAUAAUCGCAAGACACUACAGCUUUCAUUUUCCGAAUCCUCUCCCGCCGCCUCCUCCAAAUCCUGCACCUCCCAAACUUCCACCUCCUCCUCUUCCAAAUCCACCACCUCCACCGAAACCACCUCCACCACCUCCGAAUCCACCUCCUCCACCACGACCACUUCCAAUUCCUCCUCGACCGAAUCCUCCUCCUCUUCCGAGGCUGCCACCGCCUCCACCAAAUCCGCCUCCACCACCGCCGCCCCCAAAACCAUCUCUGCCUCCUAAACCGCCUCCUCCAUGUCCUAGGCCACCGCCACCACCGAAUCCACCACCUCCUGAUCCUCCACCAAAACCUGCCCCAAAUCCUCCACCACCUUGUGGACUUGGAGCGCUUUCAGCGUAUAGAAACGUAGCCAAAAAAACGGAACAGGUCAAAACAAACGCCUAA